CAGCUACGUCACACGUCAGGGCGGAAGAUGGCGGAACUUGGGGCCGGCAGUUGCUGAGUGGAGCUCGCGGAGCGGGAGCCGGAGCCCGGCCACUCAGGCUGCUGGGCGCGGUGCGGUCGCCGUCAUGUCGCUGCUGCAGUCCGCGCUCGACUUCCUGGCGGGCCCAGGCUCCCUAGGCGGCGCUGCCGGCCGCGACCAGAGUGACUUCGUGGGGCAGACGGUGGAACUCGGGGAGGAGGGUUUGCUUUUGUAUAUGAAGCUCAAGAUCUGGGAAGUGGCAGAGAGUAUGCAUUAAAGAGAUUAUUAUCCAAUGAAGAGGAAAAGAACAGAGCCAUCAUUCAAGAAGUUUGUUUCAUGAAAAAACUUUCUGGCCACCCCAAUAUCGUGCAGUUUUGUUCCGCAGCCUCGAUAGGAAAGGAGGAGUCAGACACUGGGCAGGCAGAGUUCCUCCUGCUCACGGAGCUCUGCAGAGGGCAGCUGGUGGAAUUUUUAAAGAAAAUUGAAUCUAAAGGUCCUCUAUCAUGUGAUACGGUUCUGAAGAUAUUCUAUCAGACGUGCAGAGCAGUGCAGCACAUGCAUAAACAAAAGCCGCCCAUCAUUCAUAGAGAUCUCAAGGUUGAAAACUUGUUGCUUAGUAACCAAGGGACCAUUAAGUUAUGUGACUUUGGCAGUGCCACGACCAUCUCUCACUACCCUGACUACAGCUGGAGUGCCCAGAAGCGAGCCAUGGUGGAAGAAGAGAUCACGAGGAACACGACACCCAUGUAUAGAACACCAGAAAUCAUAGACUUAUAUUCAAACUUCCCAAUCGGCGAGAAGCAGGAUAUUUGGGCCCUGGGCUGCAUCUUGUACCUGCUGUGCUUCCGACAGCAUCCGUUUGAAGAUGGAGCAAAACUUCGAAUAGUCAAUGGGAAGUACUCGAUCCCUCUGAAUGAUACUCGGUACACAGUCUUCCACGAUCUCAUUCGCGCCAUGCUGAAGGUUAACCCCGAGGAGCGGCUGUCAAUUGCUGAGGUGGUGCACCAGCUGCAGGAGAUCGCGGCUGCCAGGAACGUGAACCCCAAGGCACCCAUCACGGAGCUCCUGGAGCAGAAUGGAGGCUAUGGGAACACUGCUCCAUCCCGAGGGCCGCCCUUGCCCUCAGGCCCUGUGAAUAGUGGCUACAGUGGAGGCCUGGCCCUGGCAGAGUAUGACCAGCCCUACGGUGGGUUCCUUGACAUCCUGCGGGGUGGUACGGAGCGGCUCUUCACCAACCUCAAGGACACCUCCUCCAAGGUCAUACAGUCUGUUGCUAAUUAUGCAAAGGGCGACCUGGAUAUAUCUUACAUCACAUCCAGAAUUGCCGUGAUGUCGUUCCCAGCAGAAGGUGUGGAGUCAGCAAUCAAGAACAACAUAGAAGAUGUGCGGUUGUUUCUAGACUCCAAGCACCCGGGACACUACGCUGUCUAUAACCUGUCCCCGAGAACAUACAGGCCCUCCAAGUUUCACAACCGAGUGUCUGAGUGUGGCUGGGCAGCCAGGCGGGCUCCAAAUCUCCACAACCUGUACAACAUCUGCAAGAACAUGCACUCCUGGCUCAGGCAGGACCACAAAAAUGUCUGUGUUGUUCACUGCAUGGAUGGAAGAGCUGCGUCUGCGGUGGCUGUCUGCUCCUUCUUGUGCUUCUGUCGUCUCUUCAGUACCGCAGAGGCCGCCGUAUACAUGUUCAGUAUGAAGCGCUGCCCCCCUGGCAUCUGGCCGUCCCACAAAAGGUACAUUGAAUACAUGUGUGACAUGGUGGCCGAAGAGCCCAUCACACCCCACAGUAAGCCAAUCCUGGUGAAGGCCGUUGUCAUGACCCCUGUGCCGCUGUUCAGCAAGCAGAGGAACGGUUGCCGACCAUUCUGUGAGGUCUACGUGGGUGACGAGCGUGUGACCACCACAUCCCAGGAAUAUGACAAGAUGAAGGAUUUUAAAAUUGAGGAUGGCAAAGCGGUUAUUCCCUUGGGCAUUACAGUUCAAGGAGACGUGCUCAUUAUAAUUUAUCAUGCAAGGUCAACCCUGGGAGGAAGGCUGCAGGCCAAGAUGGCGUCUAUGAAGAUGUUCCAGAUUCAGUUCCAUACUGGGUUCGUGCCUCGGAAUGCAACCACUGUGAAAUUUGCAAAGUAUGACCUGGAUGCCUGUGACAUCCAAGAAAAAUACCCAGAUCUAUUCCAAGUGAACCUGGAUGUGGAGGUGGAGCCCAGGGACAGGCCAAGCCGGGAGGCUCCACCAUGGGAGAGUACAAGCAUGAGGGGGCUGAACCCUAAAAUACUGUUUUCCAGCCGGGAGGAGCAGCAAGACAUUCUGUCUAAAUUUGGGAAGCCGGAGCUCCCCAGGCAGCCGGGCUCCACAGCUCAGUACGACGCCGAGGCCGGGUCCCCGGAAGCUGAGCCCACGGAGUCGGAUUCGCCGCAGAGCAGCAGCACAGACACCAACCACUUUCUCCACACCCUGGACUGGCAGGAGGAGAAAGAAUCAGAGACUGGUGUAGAAACUACCUCUCCUAGGGAGAGUCAACCUGUUCUGAUCGAAGACAGAGAUGAGAGCGAAGCAUCAGAUGAAGGGCCGUCCUUCCCAAGUGAGGACAGGGAACUGGGGGCCGAGGAGGACAAGCCAGGCCUGGCAGCAAGGGCGGGCCAGCAAGACUUGAUUUUUGAUGCUGGAACCCCAACCGUGCCCCAAGAGCCCACACCUCAGGAAGACAACAUCGACCUCCUGGGGCUGCAUGCCGAGACAGGCCCUGGGCCGGCUCCGCCAUCACAGGUCUGCGGUGCCCCCUCCAGCAAUGCUGACCUGCUCAGCCGCCUACUUGGGCCCUCUGAGGCUACUCCAGAAGGGUCUUCGGAGGAUCUGCUUGGUGGAGAGGCUCCCCUGCUCUUGGCAAGCCAAGCCCCUCCCCUGAGUGUACAGAACACCACGAGAGGAGGGCCCCCUGCUGCUGCUGACCUGUUUGACCCAUUCAUGCUGUCCUCUGAUGCUGACGCCCAGCCCUGCUCCAAGCCUGACCUCUUCGGCGAGUUUCUCAACGCAGACUCCACAGCUGCCCAGCCUGCCUUCCCCUCAACCCACAGUGCCCCACCCCCAUCCUGCAGCACCAACUUCCUGCACCUGGGAGACCUGCCAGCGGAGCCCAGCAAGAUGACUGCCUCAUCCAGCCACCCGGAUCUGCUGGGAGGAUGGGAUGCUUGGGCUGAGACUGCUGUGCCUGGGCCGGCCUCCUUGCCAGCCACAGAAGGCCCUCUCUUCUCUCCUGGAGGUCAGCUGGCCCCUCCUGGCCCCCAGGCCAGCCGGACCAAGUCUCAGAGCCUGGACCCAUUUGCUGACCUUGGCGACCUAAGCUCCAGCCUCCAAGGCUCGUCUGCUGGAUUCCCUUCUGGGGGCUUCAUUCCCAAAACGGUCCUCCCUCCUAAGAGUGGUAGCUCCUGGCAGACAAGUCGGCCACAGACCCAGGGUACCUCAUGGCCCUCCCAAGCCAAGCCACCCCCCAAAGCCUGUGCACAGCCAAGGCCUAACUAUGCUGCAAACUUCAGUGUGAUUGGGGGGCGAGAGGAACGAGGGGUUCGUGCACCUAGUUUUGCUCAGAAGCCAAAGGUCUCAGAGAACGAUUUUGAAGAUCUAUUGUCCAAUCAAGGUUUUUCCUCCAAAUCUGACAAGAAGGGGCCGAAGACCAUCGCAGAAAUGAGGAAGCAGGAUCUUGCUAAAGACACAGACCCACUCAAGUUAAAGCUCCUGGACUGGAUUGAAGGCAAGGAGAGGAACAUCCGGGCAUUGUUGUCCACACUGCACACAGUGCUGUGGGAUGGGGAGAGCCGCUGGACACCUGUGGGCAUGGCUGACCUGGUCACCCCCGGCCAGGUGAAGAAACAGUACCGCCGUGCUGUGCUGGUUGUGCAUCCCGAUAAGGCCACGGGGCAGCCAUACGAGCAGUACGCCAAGAUGAUCUUCAUGGAGCUGAACGACGCGUGGUCUGAGUUUGAGAACCAGGGCUCUCGGCCGCUCUACUGAGGCCCACAAUGGUCUUGGCUGCACACGUGGCUCAUGGAGCCAUUAGGCUGCUGACCUGACGAGGCCAUCUGAACCUGACAGGCGUGGGCAUGUGAUGCAGGCUCCAAGUGCCCAGAUCAUCACCUGCUCCCCGCUGUCCCUCUGUCAAUCCAGGACAAAUGUCAUUCCAUGGCACAGGAAGACAAAGCAUUCCAAAGUCUCUGAUUUUUGUUGUUUUGUUUUUCUUUUUCUUGUCAAAGGAAAAGUGUUGAUUUAUGCUCCUCCCACAAUUGUCACAGUCUGUGAUUAUUUUGGUGUUUAGCAGCUGUCACCGAGAGUGUCGCUCUGCCGUCCCUUCUCUGAGCUGAGGCUGCGCGUGCACCUCUCCCUUUGUAAUCAGCCCGAUGAUCGUCUGUACAGAAUUAAACUAUUUUCUGAUGACCA